GUAAAGUCGACCGCAACAACCCAUGUAAUGUUUCCGGGUUAUGUGCGAGACUCCUCUCCUCUUCUUAGCGUGAACUGUACUACACAUUGCCCUUUUAAAGAAUCCUCUAUAUUUGCCAUGAUGCAGCUGUGCAGCGUGUGCAGCGAACAAAGACCAAAAUACAGAUGCCCAUCCUGCAAAAUAAGAUAUUGUUCCCUUCCCUGUUUCAAGAGGCAUAAAGACUCUUGUGUUCCUGUUAAGCAGCUGGAACCCACCGUGCCUGAAGCACAGGAUGCUGGGAAGACUGACACGUGGAAUGUGGACAAUAUUCUGCAGGAAGAUGACAUCCCUGAUAUAGUGCCUCCAGAGAGACUUCAGCUGUUGGGUCAGUCAGAAAAGCUGAAAGACCUCCUUAGUAACCCCCAUCUAAGACAGCUAUUACGGACCAUUGACAACGCAAACAACAAAGACGAGGCAAUGAAGGCGGCCAUGCAGGAGCCCCUAUUUGUAGAGUUUUCAGAUCAGUGUUUGAAGGUUGUAGAUAAAGAAGCUCAAUCACAGCAGGUCAGUGAGGAUAUGGACUGGUAAAUCUGUACUGUAUUUAUUGGAUUUUGUGUUGGGGAGCACAUUUGUAU